AUGGCGGAUUUUGAUUUCGAACCUCCAUCCUUCUCUCUAGGGCUCGAUUUUGACCUAUCGCAGCCCCAAAUCACCCCUCCGCCCGACCCCAUACCUCAACCAGCUAAGCGGCCUCCCCCCGCCCCCAGUCUCCGCCCAAUUGAAGAAGAUGACGACGACGAUUUCCAAUGCCCGAUUAGGGUUUCGGAGCCACCGAGGGACUUCAAAAGGCUCCGUCGUGUAAUCACGCCCCGCCCCCCGCCCUUGCCCGAGGAACCAAAGGUGGAGUGCAAGGAUCAGUGUGUGGAUGAUGACAUUGAGGGCUUUUCUUCCGAUGAAGGUUGUUCUAGAGGCACUCUUCCCAAUUAUUCUGUAUGUAGCAGUUCAAAACUAUCACUGCACAGGAAGAAAGUUGUCACUUCUGAACCUGGAAACCAAUGGAUUUCAACAAAGGGCAAAGAGUUCCCAAGUUCUUCUGCUUCCAUCAAUGUUCAAUCAAGAGGCAGCAAUAUGAUAUUCCCAAAACUGACUGUAAGUCCCUUAAGAAGGUUCCAGUUGAUUGAUUCUGAUUCUGAUUCUGAUGAUCCUUCCACAACUGAAGACAUGCUCAGAGAGCCCCCAAUUGUGGUUUUGUCUCCGGAGGAGAAAAAAACAGACAAUUGUAAAGGAGCUAAAACAUCAGUUGGCAAGCACCAAACCAAAGACUUAUGGAAAGAUUUAUGCCCAGAGAAGAGCUCCUCUAUUCCGACCCCUGCUUUUGAUGAGUUCUGCAAAGAAUAUUUCUCUGGUUUGAAUGAUAAGUGUAUGCCAAAAAUUAACUGUCAGCAAGCUGGCAGUGGGGUGAACAGAGAUAAGAAGACUAAUCUCCCUCCUGCUCAUUGCUACUUUUUCCACAAUGAUUCAAGAAUUCAGAAAUUAGUUCGAGAAAGGUUACCCCAUUUCUUCCCCUUGGAAGUAGGCAACAACCAGGACAUGAAGCAACAAAAUGCAUCAGUAAUUGAUUACAUGGGUCAGUUUAGCGGUGAACAAAAUUCAAGGCAAACCAGCCACAGACAAACUGUUGAGAAAACUCCCAAAAGAAGCAGGAAGAACACCAAGAAUUCUCAGGUUGAUGUCAUUUCAGAACAUUCCAGGGGCUGGGUUACCCCCAAAGCAUCUGCUAGAAAAAAUGCUGGGAGCAGAAAUGGGCAAUCAUCUGUCAGUGGAAGUGGAUGCAGUGGUACAUGGCACACAGGCCAAAAUGGAAGAAAAGUUUAUGUGGCGAAAAAUGGGCAGGAAUUGACAGGGCGAAUUGCUUACAGACAGUAUCAAAGGGAUAGCGGAAAGGGAUUCAAAAACACACAGAAGAAAACAGCUGCCAAGAAGAAAACUGCCUCCAGAAAACCUGCUGCAAAAAUAUGAUUCACUAGUUAUUCAUAUUCCUGUUUUCACCAUAUGUCAGCCCAUGAUUUUGUAUAGAUAUAUAGUGAUUCCUGUUAUAUGAUACGAAGUCAUUUCGCUACCUAAAAUAUGAUGUUUUUGUAA